CUGACUCAUCUGUUGCAAAGCUGCAGGAGAGGCGGCGGUGCGGGGCAUCCUGCGAGCUCAAACACAGUCAACUUUUGUUUCAUCUCACAUACCCCCAUCAAGAAAUGCACUGAAAGAGCCCAAUGCUGCGUUUCCACCGGGGGAAUCAGCGGAUUACGCGCAUUUUAACGCCGCGUUCUCGUGCGUAAAAACGUCUGACUGCUGGACUAUGACCGAAGUUUCCCGUUUGUGCGUUUUUUGAGAAGUUGGGUGUUUGGUUGGAUGUAGAAAGCUGGACGUUUUUUGCACUUUUUCGUGACUUUUGAAGGCUGCAGACUGAAGAAAGUUGCUGUCAGAAGAUUUGGAGACGCGCCAGUGUGUCCGCUCGAAGGCAAGGAGGAUUUUUGGAGACUGAAGACAUGAGACCGUUUGUUGUAUGCGCCCUCCUGCUGUUCAAAGUUGCUCUUGGAAAUGCCUGUGCCAGUGGCGAGUUCACUGACUCAGGGCAGUGUUGCAGUUUGUGUCCCGCCGGCUCUGGAGUGGUGGUGGAGUGUGGGAAAGAGGAUACCCAGUGUGCACCAUGCCCUCGGGGAACGUUUUCCGACUCUGAAGGCCUCAGCCGUUGCGUCCCGUGUGCCAGGUGCCCGUUCGGCGUACCCACAUUGGCCUCCUGCUCUGCCACCCAAAACACACAAUGUGAAUGCGACAACAGCUACUUCUUUUUGAGCUCAUACGGCCUGUGCGCUCCCUGCUCCAAAUGCAAUCGUGGUGAGGGGGCUGUCCGGGAGUGUGGCCCUCAGGGAGACACACUUUGUCACAUCUGUGGACCCGGAACCUUCUCAGAGGAGGAUCUCAGCACCAAACCCUGCCAGAAGUGCACCCAGUGCUCCGACAGCGAGGUGGAGAUCCGUCCCUGUAUGGCCAACUCCGACACACUGUGCAUGGAUAAGAAGCUGCACAUUCUUUCCCGUCCUGCCGACGCCGACGGGACCAGAGAUUCUCCUCGUUGGCCGGGUGGAGACGCCGCCAUGGAGGAAGGAGAAGCCAGUCCUGCACCUGGAACGCCCAAGUUUACCCCCCAGGACGAGGGCGGCAGCAACAACAUUCUGGUCUACGUGUCCGUUCUGGCCGCUGUGGUGCUCGGCCUGCUCAUAUAUGUGGCUUAUAAAUGCUGGAGAUCGUGUAAACAGAAGAAGGCGCUUUCUAAAGCCCGGGCGGCCGAGCUGGGAACUCCUCCAGAGGGAGAAAAGCUCCAGAGUGACAGCGGAGUGUUUCUGGACUCUUACAGCCUGCAGGACAACCAGCCCAGCAAAGGUACCAAGCGAGACAGUAAGCAGGACACUCGUCUGUACAUCAACCUGCCCCCUCACAGGCAGCAGGAGGUGGAGCGCCUCCUGCAGGAGGGCAGCGGUCGGGGCUGGAGGCACCUGGGAGCAGCGCUGGGCUACGAGACCGAACAGCUGGACCUGUUUGGGCGAGGAGAGGCUCCGGCUCACACGCUGCUCUCCAACUGGGCCCAGAAAGAAGGCUCCACUCUGGGACUGCUGUGCUCGGCACUGGCUCGCAUCGAGAGGCCCGACGUGGUCACGGCUCUUAACUCCCCCACGCAGGGGGUUUCUGUGGUCUGACGGCCUCCCCAAGAGUGACAUGACAGACUCGAGUGAAGAACUUUGAACAUGACAAGAGAGGCACUCUGAUACCAACACCUCUGUUGCCGCUGGAAGCCGCCACUGAUGGUUUUUUUUUUAAUCGCUUUGUUGACACAUAAUUCAGUUUUUCUAAUAAUAAUCCUCCAAGUUUAUGGUUCCGUUUGAUUUUACAUGCAUUCAGGUGCUUGAAAGAAUCUCUUGCAGAGUGUGUGCUCCAGAUAAAACCAGCAGUUAUCGUAGAAAAUUAACAGGAAUAAUACCAUAUGUUGCACAUCUCACCAGUGCGAUUAUUGAGGGAACAAAUCAAUCUAAUGGAAAUGACAUGUAAUGAAAUGCAGCAGUCAGCCACAACAUUAAAACCACAAUCACAAUGCAGUAUAUAGCCAUUCAUGUGGAUGUUACUUCAACAUGCACCACCCACCUUAACAGAACAGCACUCUCCCAGCACAGCAGAACUUUUCAGGAACAGCUCAAGAAACAAGACGAAGAGUCCAAGACGUUUCGACCUACACACUCCCCAGAUAACAGCAUCUCUUAGAGCAAGCCCGAUUCAUAGAGGUCCAACCUGGCAACCCACAGGACCCAAAGGAUCUGAAGCUAGCCACAAUAUUAGUCGGAUAGUUUUAAUGUUGUGGCUGAUCUGUGUAUACGACAAUCCUGUUUAUGUGCACAUAAAUCCUGGCUGCUGUAAAUAUUCACUUAGUGGCAGGAAGGCAAAUCGUGUGUUUAUACGCGCUGCAUGACUUGUUCCCUUUCAGAAACAACAGCUUCGAUGUUAUUUGGGCAGAAAUCAGGUCUGUCCGCCGCCCACUUUAAAGAAACCCUCCCUCCACGUGCUGUUGUAAACAAAUAGGAAAGCCUUAGAUCAUCGUGUUUCUCCUCUGGCUGGCCGUUUUUAUGAAUCACAACUUUAGCAACCACUUUGGUAUUGCAGCUGAGUUUUGCCAGAAGGACUUCCAGCAACACUUCUUGUCCAAUAUGACUCUCCCUGUUCGGGAUCAUUUCUGUGCACAUGUGCAUGCUUUAAAAAAAGAGAAAAAAAAGACUCCAAGAAACCCGGUUCAGGGUUUUUGUGCCAGAUUUCUCCUGCAGAAAUUUGAAAUGUUUUUACGCAUCCCUAUCAUGCUUGCAGUUGCUGUUUUUUAUACGAACACUUUAUCCAAUAUGUAGAUAGGAACUGCUCACUAGAUUUGUUUUUAAAGUUACUGCCUUGUUUUGUUUUUUCUUUGUCCUUUGUUUCCGCCGCAGCCGCUCAGUCGCUGUGGUGUUUAUUUACACUGAAGAUAUAUUAUGCACCAGUGACGUAUCACGUCUCAUCGGGGUAAAAAAAAAAAAGAAAAGAAAAGAAAAAAGGAAGCAUUCUGUGAAAUAUAAAAACAUCUUCCUUAGCUCUUCCUAAUAAUCACCAUUUGAGUGUAAAUAUCUUCAAUGUUGGUUUGUUUUGGCUGAAAGUGAGAAUUUUUUUAACCUUGUAGACUGAAGAAAAAGGAAUAUUGUCCUUAGAAUCAUAAAAAUGUACUCAGCUACAGUUUUCUCACCUUGAAUUUUCUCAUAUUUUAAACAUAAAAGAAAAAUCCAAAGACACUGUUAACAUCAAUGCUUGUUUCCGAUUUGCCAUCUUGCCUUUUGUAUUUAUUUUUCUCACCAUUUCAAUUUUAAAAGUCAAUAAAAUCAAUGAGACUCAA